AGCGAGCGCAGGUCUCCUCCGCUCAGCGCCAGGCCAGGCGGAGCCGGAAACCGGCGAAGGUUGAGCCAGCGGCUGCGGGAAGGAGGCGGCGGCAGCAGCAGUGGUGGUAGUAGUAGUGGCGACGGCUCCUCCAUGGCGCUGAACCUGAGCAAAAAUGGGCCGGCGCUGCAGGAGGCCUACGGCCGCGUCGUGGCCUCGACGAGCCCGACGGACUGGGCCCUGUUUACCUAUGAAGGUAACAGCAAUGACCUGAGAGUGGCUGGUACUGGAGAUGGUGGUCUGGAGGAGAUGGUGGAAGAACUCAACAGUGGGAAAGUGAUGUACGCUUUCUGCAGGGUGAAAGACCCCAAUUCCGGUUUGCCCAAAUAUGUACUUGUCAAUUGGACUGGCGAAGGUGUUAACGAUGUGAGAAAGGGAGCCUGUGCCAACCAUGUCAGCACUGUAGCAAACUUCUUAAAGGGUGCUCAUGUGACGAUAAAUGCUCGGGCUGAGGAGGAUGUGGAACCUGAAGUUAUCAUGGAGAAAGUGGCCAAGGCUUCAGGAGCAAACUACAACUUUCACAAAGAAGGCAGCAAGUUUCAGGAUUCAAGUCCUCAGCCUCCAGUGGGAUCUGUCUACCAGAAAACAAAUGCCCUGUCUGAGAUCAAGAGAGUUAGUAAAGAUAACUUCUGGGCCAAAGCAGAGAAAGAUGAAGAGAAUCAACGCGAGUUGCAGGAAGCAACUUUACGCGAGCGUAGGUUUAAGGAGCGGGCCAAUGAAAUUGAUGCUCAGAAGAAAUUCCAGCAAAAACAGGAAACUGAGUCAAGGGAUAAAGAGAAACAACAAUGGAAGGAGCAGGAAGAAGAUCACAACAGAUCACAGAAAAGUUUCCGAAGGAGUGAGUCUGUGGAGAAAGCUCAGGAAGCAGCAUCCCUGAUAGCACAAAGAUCAGUGAAUCCCCGGGAAAUCUUCAAGCAAAGGGAGCGGUCCAUGUCCACAGAAGCUGCAGCCAUCAAUUCUCAGCCAGGCAAGUUGCGGAGCCCUUUUCUGCAACAGAACAGUCAAGCAGAAACUCCCGUGUCCCCUGUCCGUCCUGCUGUGCAAGAUGUUCACCCUCCUCCUGUUGUCCAUUCGUCUGUGCAUGACACACCUCCAGUCUCUCCUGUUCCUGAACCUGGUGAUUCAGUCAGGCAGGACAAUUACAAAUCUGCCCCACCUGUCUUCCAGCCAGAGGUGGAACAAGAUGCUGUGUAUGAAGAACCCCCAAAUGAACGAGUUCUCUAUGAUGAGCCCCCUCAGGAACAGCCUGAAGACGUUAAUUACGACUAUGCUGAGAACUACCAGCAGAACCUUAACCUGGAAGGAAAAGGUUUAUGUGCUCGAGCUCUGUAUGACUAUCAAGCUGCUGACGACACAGAGAUCUCUUUUGACCCUGAGAACAUUAUCACCAGUAUUGAAAUGAUUGACGAGGGCUGGUGGCGUGGUUACGGUCCAGACGGACACUUUGGGAUGUUCCCUGCCAAUUACGUGGAGCUCAUUGAAUAGCCAGCCAGCCUAUGCCAGAGGAAGAAUGCAAGCAAUGCCUGAAAAGAAGAGCUCCAUCCAAUCUGAUUCUUCAAGGUGAAAUUGUAUGGCGUGUUCAGAGUGAAGUGCCAUUGCUCUGCUCCGUUAUUGCUGGAGCAGCAUCCUGGUGAAGCAGAACUCUUCCUUUGCCUUCUUUUUGUUUUCCGUAACUGGCAUUUACAGUUGAAGAUAGGAAAUCAAUUUUGGCAGUGAAUAACACUUCGGGUUUUUUGAGGGGUGGGGAAGUGUUUGAGGAUAAAGGCAUUAGCCAAAAUAUAAAAAUUAUCUCCAGACAUACUCUCUGACCAUCACUGUGGGUAUUUAGAAGGUAAGGAAGGGCUUAAUAAUAGAAACAGUGGAGCUUAUAGUACAAACCACUUCUUUAUUCCAUGUGUUGCAUCUUCCAAGGUAGCACAGGGGAAGAUCUUGAAAAAUGCCUAUGUGACUUAGUAGCCUGUUUGUAAUUUAUCACUGAGAUUUGGGUUGCAAUCUGCAACCUGGUUAUUCCAGAUCACUUCUUUUAAUUGAUUGCAAGUUUGUAGCUUUUGAGAGAUGCAAUCCAGGGCAAGCCCUGUGGAAAUGAACGGAUUGUACAACAGCUCUGCAAGGCUCUUGUGCAGUUCCCUUCCAUUUCAACAGAAUCAUCAGUCCGUGGAAGAAGAUUUUUCACCCUUAGACUUCUCUAUAGCUUGUGGGAGGGACCGAGUUUGUCUUUUAAAUUUUCAUGUGUUUGGGAAAGUUCUCUCCUUUUGAUUUCAAGAAAGAACCUCACAAUAUAGUUCCUUCAGAUAUGACAUUGGAUAUCAAUGCCAUCAGUGCCGGCAAUAACUUAAGGCCCUGGAAGCUGUAUUAACUUUGAACUGUGGUAUACACUGAUCUAACUAUGAUGCUGUACGUGUGUGAAUGCGUGCCUGGGGUGUGUCGAGUGAUUCAGUUAAUAUAGGAAGACCUUGAUUUCUGCGUUAUCUUUUUCUGGGUUUUAAAAGCCUUUUAUAGCAUUGAGAUAGGGUUUGGAUACAAACUGCCCCCUCCGAUAAUUCAGUGAAAUAGAAUAUAAGUAAACUUCUGGCAGCCGAGUACAUGAAUUAAUGCUGGUUUGCGUGAACACUUUGCGUCACUCUGACAAUUACUUUGCAUCACUCUGACAUGCACUAAUUGUAUUAACUUAGUGGUGCACGUGUGGAUUCAAAUACUAUAUUUUAAAUAAGUUCUGUCAGAUUCUCCAACUAGUACCUCUUCUUCCAUAGUGAACUAACUUCAGGUGAAGUUUGCAAUUUUAAAUUAGCUAAUUCUUUUUUACAUUCCUUUUUUUUGUCUCUCUUGAAGGCAGCUUGGAUGGGAUUCUCGAGAAACUUUCAAAACCUUUCCUGUGUGGAGACUUGGCAUAGGGAAUGGAUUUUUCUAAAGGAGAAUCUUGCAAUUUGUUUGAGAGGCCAAAUAAAUGGUCUUGCCAGGUUGAAUUACAUUAUCCCUUGCCUUACGCAUAAUGUGAUGAUUAUUAUGGAAAUAAGAGUCCCUACCACAGCUCUUUGAUAACCUCAUCCAACUAGUUUCCCCUUAAUGGCAAAUAAGAAAAUGAUGUUUGUAUAAAAUAGUAAAUCCAUUUUCAGUUUUAUUACCACGCAUUCCUUCUUUCUAUCCCAGUCUGAGAAGCUGAAUCUAAAGUGUUCGUUCUGUUUCUAAAUCUGGUUGCUGUGCUAUCCUUUCUUCUCCAACUGCACUGAUCUCCAGAUGUAACUGUGAACCUUUCAAAAGCACUUUCCAUGCUAACCCACAAUAUAAUUAAAAAUCAAUAUGGUACCUCCCUCGUCCAUGAAUGGAUUUUUAUCCUGUGUAGUGUUUUGUUUUGUGUUUUAAAUUCCAUCUUUCCUUUCAGGAACAAUAAGAGAGUUUCUGCUCAGAGAGAGCUGUAGCAGGCCAGCAGCUGCUUCUUGGGAUUCUUGUUCAUUUUUAUUAGACUUGUCAAACGAUUAUGCAGAGUCAUUGCUGUUUACUCCAUCCGUUUUUGUCCAAACCUUCGUUUUGUCAGCCUUCUUCAAUGCACAGAAGUUUGGGGUGGGGAAAAGCUUGUUAUCAGGAUGAUCUGAAUAAAGUAACUCCUGUGAAGUAUCUUUGUA